AUGUACAGAGAAAGUGAGCAAGAACAGAUUAAAAGUUAAUGGGUUAGAUAGAUACUUAUAUCUAAUAAUUCGAAAAUUGUUGCUAUAAAAUAUUAAGAAUAAUGGCUUCUAUAUAAUUUAAUAGAAAAAAAGUCAAAAAUUUUAUUAUUCCAAAGAAGUGGACCUGGAAUGUUUUCUCCUGAUUCCUAAUAUUUUAUAGCAGUAGGAGUAAACAUUUCAGAAUAAUAAGAAUCAGUUUUAUUAAUUAAGUUAAUGCCAUAUAUUGAGAAUCCGCUUUAAUUAUUGACUCUUGGAAACUAAGUGAAAUGUCUAGAUAUAAAUGAGCAAUCAAAUAAGUUAUUAUUGAAUCUAAUUAAUGGUUCUUUUGAAAUUUGGGAUAUUAAUACUAAAUAAAGAGAGCUACAAUUAAAUUAAAGUAUACGAUUUGAUUUUACAUAAUUUUGUAAUAAUAGAAUCAUAGGAACUCAACCGCAUUGUAUUACUUAUUUUGAUUAAGUCCGAUUGAAACAAAUGAAAAAAAUAUUUGUUUCAGGAAGACUUUCUGAAUAUUAAAAAUAUUCUCAUUACUGUGACGUUAAACAAAUAACACCUUUUUUAAUUCUUUUUAGACAGAAUAGAGGCAUGGAAAAAUUUUGUUAUAGAAUUAUCAACAAUCAGAAUUCAAAAAUGAUCAGAAUAUUUAAGGAUUGUUAGCGAUUUGAGAAUUUAAAUAUAAAUGUAUCUCCAGAUCAUAAACGUUUUGCAAGGUUAUCGAAAAUUUAAAAUACAUAAAUUGAACUUUUAGAAAUAGAUUCAGGCAGAUCAUAUACCUUUAUCAAUUGUUUAGAUACAAAAUAACCAAUUUGUUUUAGUUGUGAUUGGAAUAUUAUUAUUUAAUCUACAAAGCAUGGUUAUGCAAAAGUUUAUAGAAAGAUUGAAUGA